UCAAGAGUGCAGAGUGCGCGCGGAGUGGUGUUCACAGCUGCGCUUGUUGGAUGCCAUAGUUGUAAUAUGGAGAGUAAUGGUAGACUAUGAGACAAGUUUGCAAAGGAAGAAGAACCAUGCACCAUGCGGCACUGGCGGAGGGUAGGCGUUUGUAUCUUAACAGUCCUCUGCAUAGUCUACCUGCUUACCAAAGUCGGCCACAAACUCACGAAAGCAAUUACCAAAGAAUCCGCCCCCUCGUAUCGAGUAACUCCUGAAAUUAACGGACUUCGCCCGUACAACCAAAGUGACAGCAACAAGCAGCCAACUGAAAUUCAAGCCCCUAGCUUGCUACAAAACGGCAGCGCCAGCACCAAGCUGCAGACGCGGACUGGCGCUGUCGACCAUUACAGGUCACUGCUAGAUGAUCAGCCAGUCACACUGCAUUGUGCAUCGUGUGCCUUGGUAUCCAGUUCGGGGUUCUUACUCGGUAAGGAGGCUGGGCAAGACAUUGACAAACACCCCUGCGUGAUCAGGAUGAACAUGGCCCCCGUUGAAGGCUACGAAAAAGAUGUCGGCACGCGCACCACCCUCCGAGUGCUCAACUUCUUCACUGGGGUGAAGGCCAGUAAGCUCCCGCCCGGCAGCAGGGUCAUGAUCUGGGGACUCUACGAGCACAAAGCGGACUUGAAAAGGGUAUUGGGCAUGUUGAAGAACCUGAGGCCGAACGUUAUCAUCCAUGGCCAGACAGUAGAGGGCGAGCGGAAGGCAGGGGAGCUGUUCACUAAGGAGACGGGUCAUCCGCUGAAGACAAACGAUUCUUGGCUGUCCACAGGUUGGUUCACUAUGAUGAUAGCUCUGGACUUGUGCGACAAGUUACAUGUAUAUGGAAUGGUCCCAGCUGAAUACUGUGUGAACAAACCAAAGGUGGACUUUCCGUAUCACUACUACAAGAGCACCUCGUCCAAGGAGUGUGCUACCUACAACGUCUCCGAGACCAGACGUGGUGCGCAUCGGUUCAUCACCGAGAAAGCCGUCUUUGCACGAUGGGCCGCGCGGUACAACAUUACCUUCCACUACCCAGAAUGGACAAUACAAAGGGACAAACUCUCAGACGAACUCGACACUCCAUUCGUGAACAAGUACAAAUUAAACAGUAAAUCACUGGCGAAAAAGGCGUAGCAAACAGGACUAAACACAGAUGUAUUGUUUAUUUUGCUGUUAUAAGUCCAUUGUCACACCGAAGCCCUAAGAUGUUUGAGUGCAGAGCAAAACAAGCCAAGGCGAAAGUUAAACAGGGAGGGAUCUUCCCUAUAUCAAAUACAUGCAGUUCCAUAGUGUGAUUUUAAGAAGUUUUCUUCGCACCUCUGACCUCGACCAACACUUUUGCAGGGCAGAUAAUACGAAACAAAACUCAACAAUGAUUGAUAAGCUUCCGCCAAUUACCUUGUGCACAGGUGUUUACUUAGCCAACGAACAUUGACUCCAGUUCUACGUAUAGGCAGCCACGGUAUGCCGAAUACAACCAAUUUGGAAAAAAAGUAGCUUAACCCACAAACUGCACGUGUUCCCUCAGUAUUUCCCUUCAGUAUGUACUUUGAAAUUUUGGUUUUGAAAGUUUCAUUUUAUUUUGUUUUGGGAAAAAAAGUACGACCCGUGGACGUGUUUAACAUGUCAGUCGAGUGGAAUUCUUUUAAACCUAAAUGCAACUGCUUUAUUAAAUCAAUAAAGUUGACCAUAUAAUGGUUUGUAAACAGGAA